ACGUACCACUAGAAUGCAGCCAUGAUCGUCUCCUCCUUCCUCCCGCUCCGCUCCUCCGUCUUCGUCCUCCCCUCCAGCGCCGCCUCCCGCUCCCGUCCCGCCACCGCCACCCUCCUUCCCUUUCCAAGGAUCACCCUCAGCCGGCGCCGCCGCUUGGCCGCCGCCGCGACUGAGAGCAGCAGCAGCAGCAGCGAAGAAGGAGAAGGAGAAGCGGCGGGCGGGAGUACGAACGGGUCCCUCCCGGGCCUGCCCCCUGUGGAGGAGGAGGAGGAGCUGUGCCCCGUGGACUGCGUGACGGAGUUCAAGACGGACGAGGAGUUCCAGCGCCACCUGAACCGGUCCAGGGCCACGGGCGCUCUGGUGGUGGUGGACUUCUACCGGCCCUCCUGCGGCAGCUGCAAGUACAUCGAGAAGGCCUUCACGCGCCUCUGCAAGGGGUCCGGCGACGACGGCGCUCCCGUCGUAUUCCUCAAGCACAACGUGAUCGACGAGUACGACGAGCAGUCGGAGGUGGCGGACCGGCUGCGCAUCAAGAUCGUGCCGCUCUUCCAUUUCUACGUGGACGGGGUGCUGGUGGAGUCGUUCCCAACGAGGGACAAGGAGAGGAUCAUUGCCGUCAUCCGGAAGUACACCUCGGUCGAGCCAGAACCAGAACCUGAGGAAGAGCAGCAGGAGUGAUUCCAUUUCCACUCCAGUGGUGGACAUCAGUUUCCUCGAGGGUGCAGAUAGCCUGCUGAAUCAGAGAUAUCAUGCACAACAGCACCACAGGAUUGUUUGGAGAUUGGAGUUUAUACACCUAUCCCAGCAUUUGGGAUGUGUGAGCUACCACCAGCAGUAUAUCAUGAAUCUGGAUCAAUGUACCACUAUCUGUAAUACGAGAUGAUGUAUAGUUUCUGAAUCAAACAUGAGCACUUAUCUUGUACGCCGUAUCUCGAACGGAACUGUGCAGGACGCAAAUUAGAACCUAUAAAAUUUGAUAUAUCGGGAGAGUAAAUAACAAAGUACAUCAAUACAUUUUUUGA